AUGUUGCAGCUCCUUCUAUUGCUAGCGCUGCCGUUGGCUCAAACGAAGCUCUCGAUACCCUCUGACUACUCCUGUGUCGUCGCUUUUCCCACGUCUCCAGAGAUCACGACGUGCCGGUGCCAGGAGGUGUGUCGUGUUUGCUGUGCUGUGUUCGUAGGAGUAUCAGGCCACCUGACGACACAUGGCCGUUGUCGUCGUAAAGCUCAACCUGUGAGACGAGCUGAAGUCGAGCCUAGUGUGAUUGGAGUGGUAGUGCGAGGAGCCAAGGCGGUGGCGGUGCUACAGCACAUCUAA